AAGCGUAAGCAGCUGUUCUGUUCUUUAACAUUUACAGUAGCAAAUUAUUGUUAUUUUUUAUAGGAAAACUAAAGAAAAAACUAAUAUAACUUAAAAUUUACAAGGUAGAAAUAUUUUUUAUUUUAGGUCAUGUUAGUUUUUAUUUGCCCCUUUGUAGAUUUAAAAAAUGAAACAAAGAACACGCCAACUGAUGAACGGAGAUGACUUGGUUGGUCAUAACAUAAAUAUGAAUAGGUCAAACGAUUCUAUCAACAAUGAAAUACAACUACACAGAAUAAAGCCACAGGAUCAUUUUAUCGAAGCACAGGUACAGGAAGGGGAUACAUUACAAGCUAUUGCUCUACGAUUUCAUUGUUCGAUUUCAGAGUUAAAGAGGAUCAACCAUAUCCACAAAGAUAAUGAAAUAUUUGCGAGACGGAUAUUAAAAGUGCCCGUAACACCGUAUUCAGUACUAACGGAACUUAUACCUACUUCUCAAGAACCUCAGCCAGGGCCUUCAACAUCAAAGCAAGCACUGUCUCAUUUUAGUAUACAUAAUCUACUACACAGUACUACUUCCAAUGAGUUAGCCAAUGAGCCAUUAAAAGAUGGGAAUAAAAGUACAGAUAUUAAAGAAAAUGACUGUUCGAUAGACUGUAAUGCAGUUGUGCUAAAUAGUACAUUAGCUCCAUCUGUUAUUCCUUAUACAGAUUCUGAACAAAAUGAAGCAGUCUCAGAGGACACUCAGUUAUUGCCAAAUAAACAAAAGAUAUCUGUAGAGGCAGUAGUUGUCAAAGAGUUGACAUCACAUGGUGCCGAUUUUGGAAUAAAAUGGUUUCAUUUGGUAUGCUGUAUGCUUAUCCUUGGUGUUGUGAUACCUUUAGUGUAUGUCAUGUUUUAUUUGGAUAAACAUGAACAUUCUGAUGUUCCACCUUUACAUCCAACAUGAUAACUGUAUUCUAGACUUGAUCUGAUCAAAAGCUUUAAGUUGUUGAUAUAUUUUUAUAAAACAUUUUAACACUAAUGUAUAAUGUACAUAUAAGACAACAAUGUGAUGUUAUAAUUAUACACCUAUUUAAGAAAAAUUGGUUUCACUUAUACUUUAAAAAACAAAGUUACAGCCUUCUUUGCAUGAGAUAGGCGCACAUCCUACUUGGUGAACUGCGGUCACCUGCCACAGGGCUAAGUAUCUUGGCUAGAGUCACUCCCUGGAUUGUUUGGAGAUAUAAAAAAGUUGUUACAUUAGGAUGGCUUGAAUAGCAUACAUUGCAAAUGUCAAAUGGACGACAUGAGCCCUCACGACGCCUUGACUCGAGAAAGAAUCUGAAAUCAUAGCCAACCCAGGUUACAAUUUAUGGCUACAUCUCUACUUCCCAUAGGGUGGUUUACAUUAUAAUCAAGCACUAGUUUACUAAGUAAAAAGGACCAAUAGCAAAUUUUCUCGCUCAAAGUGACCAGGAGGCUAGGGCUGGCUCUUCUAGUCUUACAUGGGUGUGGGUUAAAAUAUCUAUUGAGAAAGUGCAAAAAAACUCGGACUUUGUACCUAUGUACCCACAUUACCGAUUCGUUGCGGCACCAAUUUUCGACAACUUUUAGCUGUGGCGGCGAACAAAUAUUUCAUGACACGCCGGGCGUGUCAAGCGCUACAGACUUUACUUGUUUAGACCCAAUUAAGUUUAUUUGACAUCAAACAUAAGUUACAAAUGGAAGGAUACUUGUUUUUAGUGGGUAACUACGUGUUUUUUACGCGUUUUCUUUGAAAUUGAGAGAGUGACUUUUUUAUGAAGAGAUUACAAACCUUUUGUACUAUUUUUUGUUGUUAUAAAAGAAUCAUUUAUAUAAGUAGGUACAGCUAAAUCACCCUGGAAACCUUGGUUUUUAUUAAAUUAAAUUUUCACCAAAUAUUAACAUUUGUAAAUUUCAAACAAUGAAUAACCUUAAAAAAAAAUAAGGUAUAUCUUUCAUUGAUAUUUACAAAUGUUAAAUAUUAUUUAAUGUUAUACAAAUGUAAAAGUAAAGUCGAUCUGAAAACGUCUAAUUAGUAAGAAUAGCAAAACAAGUGUUUUC